AUGGAGGCCGCCAACAUGAGCCCCCCGGCGUACCGGAAUGAGAAGAUCGAGGAGAGCAAGAAUGGAGCUGCCGAUCCGUACUAUGAGGACGAAGCGCAGCUGAAGACAGGCGAGGUUGCCGACGCCUUUGGAAACGAGGAAUGUGCUGAGAUCAAGUACAAGACCUUGUCAUGGUUGACAUGCGGUUUGCUCAUGAUCUGCGAGUCCGUCUCGCUGGGUGUGUUGUCGCUGCCCGCUGCCAUGGCCACUCUGGGCUUCGUUCCAGCGAUCAUUCUGAUCGUCGGCCUCGGGCUCCUCGCCACAUAUACCGGAUACAACAUCGGCCUGUUCAGAGAACGGUACCCUCACAUUCAGAACCUGGGUGACGCCGGUGAGAUCCUGUUGGGUCCCUUUGGCCGGGAGCUUUUCGGCAUCGGUCAAUUCCUUUUCUUUAUCUUCGUCAUGGGCAGCCAUCUCCUGACGUUCCGCGUCAUGAUGAACACUGUCACUGAGCAUGGCACGUGCUCCAUCGUCUUCAGUGUCGUUGGCAUGGUCCUGUCCAUGGUCCUUUCCCUCCCACGGACCAUGAAGGGAUUGACCUGGAUCUCGCUUGCAUCCUUCCUGAGCAUCUUCGCCGCCGUCCUGAUUACCAUGAUCUCCGUGGGCGUGCAAGAAUAUCCCAACCGCAUCAUCGAGGCCACCGUCCAGAACGACCUGUACCAUGCCUUCCAGGCCGUCUCGAACAUCGUCUUCGCCUACUGCGCCCACGUCGCCUUCUUCGGUCUGAUCGCCGAGAUGGAAAACCCCAAGGAUUUCAAGAAGUCGCUGUUCAUGCUCCAGACCUUCGAGAUCUGCCUGUAUGUGACCGCCGCGGUGGUCGUCUACUACUUUGUCGGCAAGGACGUCGCGUCGCCGGCGCUCAUCUCCGCAGGACCAGUCAUGAAGAAGGUGGCGUUUGGAAUAGCUAUUCCUACGAUCAUCGGUGCCGGUGUCGUCAAUGGCCACGUCGGCCUCAAGUACAUCUACUUCCGGCUCUGCCACAAGUCCGAUCUGAUCCACAGCAACAGCUGGAAGUCCGUCACUAUCUGGAUCGUUCUGGGUGUCAGCUGCUGGCUGGUAGCAUGGAUCAUCGCGGAAGCCAUCCCCGUCUUCAGCAACCUGAACGGCUUGAUUAGCGCCCUCUUUGCUAGCUGGUUCAGCUACGGCCUCAGCGGCAUCUACUGGCUGCACAUGAACUACGGCCAGUGGUGGGCCGGCCCAAAGAAGAUCUUCCUCACGAUCCUGAACAUCAGCAUUACCUUGUUCGGACUGGUGCUGUGCGUGCUGGGGUUGUAUGCCUCGGGGACGGCCAUCCAUAAUGACUCGGGCAGCAGCAGUUUCAGCUGCGCGAAUACGGACGCGUAA